AUGAAUAAUGGAAAUGGAAUUACAAUAAACCGCCUGGUAAGACAUUUUGAAGAAAAUGGAUCAGUAAGAAACGUACAAAUUCGUGGAAGACCGCGUACGGUCCCAACGGAGGAAAAUGUUGAACGUGUAGUCAACAGUGUAGAUGAGAAUCCAGGAACAUCAACACGGAGAUGUUCGACACAGCUGGGACUAUCACGAAGAUCCCUUCAGAGAAUUUUGGCCUCAAUACGCAUGUUCCCAUAUAAAAUUCAGCUUGUGCAAGAGUUGAAGCCGAUAGACUAUCAACAAAGGCUUGAUUAUGCCAUUUCUUUCCAACAAAAAGCAGAACAAAGUCCAAAUUUCAUACACAAUUUGAUAAUGAGCGAUGAAGCUCACUUCCAAUUAAAUGGUUUUGUUUAUAAGCAAAACUGCAGAAUAUGGGCGACGGAGAACCCACGAGCAGUACAUCAGCGCCAAUUACACCCACUUAAAUGUACUGUUUGGUACGGUAUAUCGUCCGAAAGGAUAAUUCGCCCAUAUUUCUUUGCAGAUGGACAUGACGACGCAGUUAUCGUUAAUGGCACUAUGUAUAGAACUAUGCUGGAAAACGUUUUGAGGCCAUCAGGGCAAAACCAUCCACAGUUGUGGUUUCAGCAAGAUGGAGCCACUGCUCAUACUGCAAGGGAGACAAUGGCUAUUUUAUGGGACAUUUUUGGUGAUCGCAUUAUUUCGCGCAGAAGUGUUUUUAGUUGGCCUCCGCGUUCACCAGAUUUAACAGCACCAGGGUCUUUGGGGUUAUUUAAAAGAAAAGGUGUACGUAAAUAA